AUGGGGAACUGCCAAGCGGCAGAAGCGGCGACGGUGGUGAUUUUGCAUCCAAACAACAAAGUGGAAAGGAUUUGCUGGUCGGUUAGUGCUAAUGAAGUUAUGGCUUCCAAUCCCGGUCAUUACGUGGCACUGAUAAUCACCUCGCCGGCGGCGAAAACAAGGAAUGGGACGCCAGUGAAGCAGCUAAAACUUCUCCGAUCAGAAGACACUUUGCUUAUUGGACAAGUUUAUCGACUCGUCAGCUUUGAAGAUGUGUUGAAAGAAUUUGCUGAAAAGAAAUGCAAGAAACUGGGCAAGUUGUUGAAGGAGAGAGGAGCACUCAAUUUGGAGCCAAAGAACUCCAAAUCUAAAUCAAAUCCAGCAAAUUGCAGUUCGGACAAGACAGAGCAGGAUGCGCAACACCCUGGUAGCAGCCGUGGUGGCAGAGGUACGGGCAGGCACCAUGGCGGAGGAGGGCAAUGGAGACCAGCCUUACAGAGUAUUGCAGAAAUUGGGACCUGA